GCAGCAGAGCUGGCGCCGGAGGCCGGGCGAGCGGUUUGGCGCGAUGCCGUACGCCAACCAGCCCACCGUGAGGAUCACGGAGCUCACCGACGAGAAUGUCAAGUUCAUCAUCGAGAAUACGGACCUGGCGGUGGCAAAUUCUAUCCGGAGGGUCUUCAUCGCGGAGGUGCCCAUAAUAGCAAUUGACUGGGUUCAGAUUGAUGCCAAUUCCUCCGUCCUUCACGACGAGUUCAUUGCUCACAGGCUUGGAUUAAUCCCGCUCACUAGUGAUGACAUUGUGGACAAGCUGCAGUACUCCCGGGACUGCACAUGUGAAGAGUUCUGCCCUGAGUGCUCGGUGGAGUUCACCCUCGACGUGCGGUGCAACGAAGACCAGACGCGUCACGUCACAUCGCGAGACCUCAUCUCCAACAGCCCCCGGGUCAUUCCGGUGACAUCCCGGAACCGAGAUAACGACCCCAAUGACUACGUGGAGCAGGAUGACAUUCUCAUCGUCAAGCUGAGAAAGGGCCAGGAGCUGAGACUUCGAGCCUACGCCAAAAAGGGCUUUGGCAAGGAACACGCCAAGUGGAACCCGACGGCAGGGGUGGCUUUUGAGUAUGAUCCCGACAAUGCCCUGCGGCACACAGUGUACCCCAAGCCGGAGGAGUGGCCAAAGAGUGAGUACUCAGAGCUGGACGAGGAUGAGUCGCAGGCCCCCUACGACCCCAACGGCAAGCCAGAGAGCCCCCAAAGAAAGAUCAACCUAGGAUCAAACCUAGGGCCCAAAACUGACCAAAGCCUUCAAGUGACAAACAUGAAAAUGCUGGAGCAGGUUUUACUACAAUGUGGAGUCCUGUGGCUCUCUGCGCCCUGAAACCAUUGUCCUCUCAGCCCUCUCCGGAUUAAAGAAGAAGCUGAGUGAUUUACAGACCCAGUUAAGCCACGAGAUCCAGAGUGAUGUCCUGACCAUAAACUAGCUGCAGCUCACCUGUUUCAGCAGGACAGCAGCUGAAUUUCAGGUUUCUUCUGAGACUUAAAAUUUUGGCUCCUGGGUACUGGACAGCUGUUGCUCAAGCUUCUUGGCAAGUCUUCAGUACCAAUUAGAAAGGUAGCAGUGGGGAAGGGUAGGUCCAGCCCAGCCUUGCUCAGUCGUAGAUUACCAGGGCCACCACUGCUGUUGAAGGCAGGAUGGUUUUCUCCUGGAUGCUCAGCGUCCCUGGCCCUGCCUGCUGACUGGCAGUAGUGUUCCCCAGAGCAUCCCUUCUACCCUGUCUCCCAGUGUGCCUCUAGGGGGCACAGUGUUCCCUGUUGAGAACCACUAAGCUGGACUCUAUAUUCUAUCUGGUCAUUUCAGCUCAUUACUUCAGAUCCUUUCUGUUCACAAGUUGGAAUAUUCACCCUUGUACCUUAGGCUUCUGUGUUAGGAUUAAGUCUAGAAUCCUCAUUCAGGCUGCCUGCAAGCCCUUCCAGCCCCUGCCCCAGCCGGCGUAUCGGUACUUCACUCAAAUUCCCAAGUGUCCCUAAUUUGAGAACCCUUUGAGAGGAGCGUUAGGCCCAGGCUGUCCCCCUCUUUCCACCAGUAAACCUUGUAUUUUGUUUUCAGCCCAUGAGUUUUGAACUUCACCAGCAAUGGCCAGAUUAUUUAAUUUGUGGGGGAGGGCAAGGGCUUAAUGAAGGUCUGGUCUUGACCCCUUAGCCCUGUAGGUAGGAAGCAGUUACUUAGGCAGCCUGGCAGGAGAAGCCUGGAGAAAACCGGAGAUCUCGUACAGAAAGGAAGGGUUAUUUAUUAACAGUAGUUGUCUUUUGAAAGUUUUUAUUUUUGGCAAUAAAGAGCACAACGUA